AAAGCCGGGAGGAAGAAGGGCGGAAUCAAGAGCUCCGAGCUCGUGAGCGACGAGUCAGAGUCGGAGGAUGACGAGAACCAGGAAGCCAACCCUGUCCCUCGCGACUCUCAGUCAGAGGAUACCGAACACCAGCAGAGCAGCCCCAUUCCUCGCGAGCCUCGUCUUGAAGACAGACCGGCCGGUCCAACAGUCCACGCUCACCUGCAGGCCCCCUCGAACGAGCGCAGAGCGACUUCUGCUGUCGCUAUCAACCAGCGCUCUAGCAGCGCGAGCGACGAGAAUGUCCCUCCCAGCCCUUCCACCCCAUCUGACCCCAUACCCAUGUCAUUCGCAUCGGACGCUGUUCCGUCAGACUGUGCAGUGGCCACCACUGUGCUCGGCUCUUCCGCGUCGUUCAACAUCCCAUCUGGUAUCAACACCCCACUUCUCUCGAACGCGAAGAUGCUGUCUCUGCCGCCGACGGACCUAUUCUACCCGAACACCAUUAAUAACAUGAACAAUUCUGACGCCUUGGUCUCGGUGAUCCCAUCUCCUCUUCCAAGCGCCGACUUGUCGUCGAUACCUGCAUCCUCCGAUGCAUUUGAUUUUGCAACAGCCGCUGUUGGGACAUCUGACAUGGCAUCGUUUGCCUUCGAGUUCAACGGCGUACCCCUGAGCAGCGUCCCCGGCACUCGUCGCGGUAUGUCUCUCACCACCACCACUUCCAUCCUGGCACCGGACUCUCCAGCAUCCAUCCCCCUGCGCGGCGGCUCCCCGCCCUCGUCGUCGUCGUCGUCGUCGUCCGCCGCAGCCACCGCGACCCUGUGCGCGCUCUACCCGCGCGCCGCCAAAGCCUUCCUCCAGCGCGACUUUGCGCGCACCCAUGAGCUCAUCACCGCCGCCUUCGAGGUGCUCCCGCCGCCCGCGUACCGGCCCUUCGAUGAGCUCGACGCGCACCGGCGCAAGUGGGACGUGCUGCGCAUCACCCUCGAGACGACGCUCUGCGCGCAGCCGCCGCCCGACGCGGACGCGCUCCCGCCCGCGCUCCGGAGCAAUCUGAUACUGUCCCCGCACUCGCUCGUCGCGGCGCUGCACACGCGCUCGCUGCGCCUCUACACGCCGACCGUGCCCCCGCAAAAGCCGAACCCCGCGUUCACGCCCGCGCAGAUACUGGUCACGCUCGUGCUCGCGAGCCUCAAGCUCGAGUGCCCGGAUAUUGGAAGGGGGAUGAUCGAGGAGUGGCUCGCGCGGAGGGGCCAGGUCGACCAGGCGCAGACGGAGGGCGAGGGCGGGUACGAAAGGGUCGUCGAGCUGUACACUCUGCACGUCCUUCCGCGCCUGAAAGAGUGGGACUAUGCGCGCGAGUUUUUGCGCUACGAGAGCGAGCUGCCGCGGGAGCGGCGCGAGCACAUGAUGCGCACGCUGCAACACCAACGCACACAAGCCGCCCGCCAGUCCCUGCCUCCGCCCGCGCACCUCUCCCCCUCGCGCACGCCCUCCCCGACGCCCUCCGCGUCCUCCUCCUCCAGCUCCUCCCUCUCCACCACCUCGACGCACACCGUCGUCCCGCGCACGCGCCCGGGCAAAAUCACGCACCUGCGCUCCUCCACAAUCGGCUCGCCGCGCAGAGCGGACUCGGCAUCUUUACCCCCGCGGAGCCAGACGCCCGGCACGCCCCGCCCGCUCUCGCUCCUCUCCUCCCCCUCCCGCCGGCCGGUGUCCCUGCCCACAUCCUCCGCGGCGUGGCCCCGCACGGCGUCAGAGGUCCUCGCGUUCGUGCGCGAGUACGUGCGGCACCACUCGUCCAGAGUCACGGGGUUCGUCGUGUUGGUCCUCGUGCUCCCGCUCGCGUCGUUGCUCUUCAAGGUCAGGAGGAGUAGAGGCGCGGCGAUGGGCGGCACCGCGGAGCAGGUGCGCAAGCGGCUUGUGCACGCGCCCGCUGGGGACGGGCUGAUAAGGGGACUGUGGGCGGAACUCAUUCGUGCCGUCGGAGAUACGGUAAGGAUGGGCGGGCGGGGGCUUGUAUAG